ACACCGAAAAAUUUGACGAGUCUCGUUUUUGCUACAAGCCUCUCAAUUUUCGUAUUCUUAAUACAGUUUAAUAUUAUUCAGUUGAUGGGUAUCGUUUUAAUAAACGAUUAUAUUCGGCUCGUUAUUGUUACUUAUUUUACCGCAAUCAUUACUAUAUCCAGCUUUCUCCUUCAUUGAAUCGUUAUAACUACAUAUUCGCAAGUGAAUUGAUUUUACUUGCAAACUAGAAUAAUACGUACAAUUCUGUGCAUCCUUUUCCCAGUUAUUUCCAUACGUUCCAAUUUGAGACGAAACUCAUUAAUUAAUGUUGUUCUAGCGAACUUAAGUAUUUCGUUAAUUUGUUAAAUAAACAACUUGUCUCAAUGAAAAGCGUUAAAAUAUCAAGUUACCUUAACGUAUCUUAUGAGAGCACUUCAAGCAGCGACCAUUUCACUCGGAACAAGAGAUGAGCGAAAGCACUCCACUUUAUCGAUAAUUAAUGAGAUAAAGGGAAGCAAAAGAACGCGUACCUAGUAGCACUUCUUCAUCCCACUAUAGUAUAUAGCAUAUAUAAAAAUUCUAAAAGAGAUUUGUAACUAUAAAAGUAUAAUUUUUUACGAUUUAUACACGAUACAAAAUGUACUUAAUUUGAAUUGUCCUUUACAGAGAUGGAAACUGAAUUUGUAUAUCUGCGUUCAGUAGAAAACUUGUCCAUAAUCAGACGCGCCUGAUGCACUCAGUUUUUACCUUCACAAAAAACAGUAUACCAGACGCGUCUGACUAUGAACAACCUUUCUACUGAACGCAGCUGUAUGCGUUGAGUAUGCUACUUGCUUACUUCUCUACCCUAUCAUAAGAAUGUACUCUUGCCAUGGUUAGACUGCAAAUUUUUAUGUACUUAUGGAAAAUUUAAAGAUUUAAAAAUGCACAUAAGAUGUCAAGACAUAUAAAAUAUCCAAAGCACAAUACUCAUUAUAAUAUUUAUUAAAUAAAAGAAAUUUCUGCUUGAAUUACCCCUUUUUAGCUCUGUUCGUAAAAAUAUAAAUUUAAAAUAAAUAUCCACAGUCUAUUCAUGACAAAUAUAACAAGAUCAUAUGUUAUUACGAGUAAACGAGAAAAUAUUUAACGCAUCAUGAGCUUUAGUACUAUAAAUAUGCUAUGGAAUAGGGGAAGAUCCAGUUCCGAUUGAAACUGAGUCAAAAACAUCAUUGCAGAAGCAAUCCAAUUACUUGGUAUAUGUCGAUCGUCGAUAAACAUGGUAGAAAACUAUAUCGAACAUUGUCAGUCAACACGCAAGUUAAAGUAUGCUAUAGAUUCGUGAGAAUUUAGGGAAUUAUCUCACUAAUGGAAUUAUUCACGCGAAUAACGAAAACGACGACGUUAUCGAUCGAUAAAACAAAAUUGCAAAUUCGUGAUUUACAGAUGGCAGGAUAAUAGCACUUGCUAUCGAUAAAGGAACCGUUUUACUGAUAAAGGAGUCAAGGAGUAUGUAAGUAAUUGUGUAUGCACAGCUAAAUAAAGGAAACAUAAUAUACACAGUCACUAGUUUUAUUUCUUUCCUCUUAAUAAUCUUUCUAUGCUAAAAUACAAGUUUGAGAUAGAUUCUGAAAAACUAAUUUAAUACUAAAUAGAAAUAUAUUAAAAUAUAAAUCAUUUUCUACAGUUUCACGAUUAAGACAAAAAUGGUUGUUUUCAAAGUUUAAUAACGAAGGACAAUUUUUAUACAGAACUGAUUUUCGGUUAAAUCAAUUUUUUAAAUUAAAUAGAUUUCAGGGUAAUUCGGUUAGCAGACGAAUUUUUCUAUCGGCCAUAUCAGAAAUGUGUGAGUACUAAGGGAAGGAUUUCGGCCGGAUGGCUUGAUAUUUAAAAAUGAACGGAAACGACAUUUCAAGUUUAUCGUACAAAGAAUUACAAGCCUUAGCUCUCCGAUAUCGGGUACCAGGUAACAUAAAGAAGAAAUUACUGAUUAAAGUGUUACAAGCCGCGAAAGGCGGAAAUGAAAAUGAAGUUGGCAGGCUCUUACAAGAUCUUAAGCAGAAUCGUAAGAGGAAAAUGAGAAAAGUCAAAGUCGGGAAACUCGGGUUAACCUCCACACCAUUACAUAGUCCUGAUUACGGUAUGGCCGAUGAUUACUAUUGUCCGCAACAGCAACCACCUUAUCAGUGGGUGGGGGCAGAAGAAGAGAUCACAAAUAGAGAUGAUAACAACAGAAUCCCUCAUUAUGAAGAGUUCAAACAGUUCUUAAUAAAAAGAAUACAAAGAGAAUUUCAAACAUAUGAUACAAAUAAUAAUCAAAUACAGGAUUCAACUAUAGUAGAUCUAAGAACAGCAACAGUUUCAACUGAUGUGCAAAAGGUUCCUUUAGAUGUUAGUAACUAUAGUAAAUCUAAUGUAGUUCCUGUUAACAAUGUAAAUUCAAUAUAUCAACCAAAUGAUAAUGUAGAAUAUCAAACAUUAGAAGACACAAAUAGUAAUGUACAAGGAUCUAUACUUCUUAAAAAAAUGUUACAAGCACCAGUUGGUGCAAAUUUGGGAGAAAUAGCUAGUCCUGUACUUGGCAGAUUUUUGUCAGUAGAACAGUACCAGUCUAAUAACUUAUUAGAUAAUUCUGAUACUUUAACUGCUGAAUCAGAUAAUCAGGAUAAUGAAGAAAUUUUGGAAAACAAUACAGAAUGUUAUGGUCUUCUAAGUGGUAUAAAGGGAGAAUAUUUUUUAAAUGAACCAACUUUUGUAAAAAGUGUUGAAGAAAUUGGUCAACAAAUUUCAAAUGUCUUAACAAAUGAAAAUAUUAAUCAAUAUAAAUACCCCAGUACAAAUAUUGUCAUGCAUCAAGAUUAUGAAAACUGGACUAUUACUAGUGAUAUGGAUACAGUAGAUAACAACUGUCCAACAUCAGAUGUCCAAUCAUCAAAAAUAUUUCAGACUAUGUAUUGUGAUAAUAUAGGAUCUGAUGCCUUAAACAAGCCUAUAAAUGAUGAAAGCUUAACGUGUCAAUAUCGAAUGACAGAAACUGUACAUCCAUACAAUUCCAAUCAAAAUUUAUUGAAUUUGAAUACAUUGGAAGAAAAUCAGUAUUGUGACACAAACAUCAUUCCUCAUGUGCAAUCUGACUGCAAUAAUACAUAUUAUUUACAAAAUUUGAUUAAAUGCAGUACAGAAACUACUGGAGAAUAUUUGCAGUAUACACAUUCCUUUUCAAAUGCAAAUAUAGAUCAAGAAGCUUACGCAUCUACUACAUCACAGACAUUUUCUAACAAUAAUCACUAUAACUCUAAUCUACCAUAUGAAUACUCUUGUUCGCGCAAUAAUGAAGGAACUAUCCCAUUAUAUGAAAAUAUAGGACAACCUGAACAAAAUUGUAACUCUAUAAUACAAACAGAAUCUGAUGUUCAUAGGGAUGUAUCUAAUAUGACAGAAAAGUUACAAACAAAUGAAAUAUUAGAUCCAUUUUAUCCGAAAAGAAUCACUAAGAUGUCUUCACAUUCUAUUUUAGAAAAUAUUUUGAAUAUCAUUAGUACCAAGCGUAUAGAUUUAUCGAAAUUAGAUCAGACAUCUUGUGUAUAUUGUUACAUAGCCCCUAUUGUUACACAUACGCAAGUUUCAUCAAGUGUAACUUGCUCCCAAAAAGAGAGAUUUGUUGCAGAAUACAGACAACAUUCCUUUUCUCCAUGUUGGCUACUCUACAAUGAUACUUCGUCCGGAAUGCGAAUGGCUAGUUUACAAACUAAAGUUAGGGAAACUACGGACGAAUCCCGGAUAUUAUAUACAUCAAUGUCAAAUAGCAAUUCUGAUUUAAGAGAGUCAGCUGCGGAUGGUGCGAAAAGUGAAAUUGCGGGAAGUGAAGAUUCAAUUUCAGAAGUGUGGCCGAACAAUUAUUCGAAUUAUGAAACGACAACCGAAAAAGAUGUAAAUAUAUGCGAAGAUUUAAAGAUUGAAGUCUCAGAUUGUUUAUUUUCAGUGAUGAAUACUGAGCCAUUAGAUAAAUAGAUGAUCUUUCUAAAAAUUAAACUCAAUAAAAAAAAUGUACACUCUUAGUAGUACAUAAAAUUGUAUGUAUCAUCGAAAAAGAAAAAAGAUAAAAAAAUAAUGAUAUUAAGUAAUUUAGAGAAAAGUAAUUAUACAUUAUUUAUAUAUUUAAAUCAAACAUGAUUAGUAGGAGAUUGCCUUGUUUAAUCUAAUUCAAAAAGAGUAAUUCAUUAUGUUAUAACGAUCAUGUAAAACUAUUUUUUCACUUUAACGAAAGUGCGAUGUUAAUUAUAAAAAAAUAUACUACUGUUAAAAGCUCGAAAAAAAGUAGGAUUCUGAUUUUCUUAAGUUAGUGUUUGUAAAAAUACAAAUUUGGCAAAAAAAAAAAAAUAGAAUUAAUAGAUAUACCUAAUAUACAUAAGAAAACAUACAAUUUUUUUUAUAAAACGAGGACAAAGAAACGAAUGCGGAAGAUGUUAAUCGUUAAAGAAGCUUCAGAAGAUUAUUUGAAAAUUAAGCAGGAGUGAAAUAAAAAAUUUUUCUUUCGUUUAUUUUCUUUAUCCUCGAUUAAUAUGUAUAUCAUUAUAUAUUUUAAUAAAAAAUAAACAGCAAGCAUCACAAAU